AUGGCCUUCAACAUAGCGCCCAUCCAGAAUUUCCUCAAGAAAGAGUACCCUCUGCCAAAGCCAGAUCCUAGAUGGAUCAAGCAGUGCGUAGCAGCCCUCCAGGCGGCUGGGACGGAGCCCAGUGAACAGAGUGUCCAAUCCGAGUACCUUUUCACGGACCUCGCCCACUGCACCCUCCCCUCCUCCGCCAUACCGGAAGGCGACCUUCACAACGUCAUCCUGUUCCCCAUACCUACUCUGCUUCAGGUUCAUUCGGUGACCGAGAUUGGCAACUCGGCUUUCCAGAUACAGACUGUCAUGGAACAACGAUCUGAAGUCCUAUCCGGUAGGACACGCAUCAGAGGAUUGGGUGACGCAGAGCAAGAAGCGAAUGGGGAAGAGGGAGAGGAAGAAGAAGUGGAGGACGGAAGAGUCCCUCCAUACCCCAGAAGUAUGCUGAAACUGGAUGUGGGGGACGGCAGAAAGGUCUUGAAGGCCAUAGAGCUUCAGAGGAUACCCGACUUUGUGCUGGGCCAGACCAAUCUAGGAUCCAAAAUCCUCGUCCAUAAUGUCAAAGUCCGACGGGGUAUUCUCCUCCUUACCCCUCAAAACACCCAGGUCAUUGACAGUUGCGUCGACGAUCUCGAAGCCAACCAGCGCGAAAUGUUUGUUCGCGACCUCAAGCGGCGGUUAGGCAAGCUCGAGCCUGGGGAGGACAACGGCGAGGCCGCGCCCAGGAUUGUUAUACCGCCUCCUGUAAGAGACGGGGGCCAGCGGAGAGGCGCAGGCGGAAGUCAACCCAGGGCAAGAGCGCGGCCAAGAGCAAGGGCGGAGCCGAGAGCAAAAGCCGAGCCCAAGUCGGAACACCAAGAUGCUCCGGCUCCAACAACUUCCAGGUUCUUCAAGGCGCCGAAAUGCUCUCCAAGCCCUGCGGCCGGCCCUUCCAAACGACCUGCGCAAAUCCCCACUCGACCGCGCAAUCGAUCCCCAACUCCAGACUUUGACGACGAGGGUGACUCGAUCUUUGAUGCGUUUGAUGAAAGUUUCUAUGAUCAUGUGGAUCAAGCUGCUGCUCAGUUGAAGAGUACUGCGUCCGGCUCUGGGACUGGGGGGAGGAAGGAAACGGAAUUGUUUGAAGAGGCGGAGACUGAUGAUGAUGAUGACGGCGACUUUAUGAUCCUCGACGAGUCUGUCAUCCGUCAGCUAGACGAUAUGUCUUCACGGCCCAAAGUCGGAGCUCCAUCCACAACCACAACCACACAAGGCAUUCGACAGAAAAGUGUGGCCACAUCCUCCUCCACAAGCAAAGGGAAGCCGCAAUACAUUGUCCCAGAUGACGGGGAUGAGACGGACUAUGGGAUGGACGAAGACCUGGACCAGAGCUUCGUGAGGCAGGUGGACGAGCAGGUGGCGGCGCUUGUGGGUGCAAGCAAGGCUGCUUCUAGGACUGUCCAAGUGGCAGCCUCAUCAAAAUGUUCGCUGGGAACUCCCGCGGCGAGCGCCAUGAGGGGGUCGCAGUGGAAAAAGACGUUCUCUACAGACAUUUCUUCGGAUGAAGGUGAUCUGCAGAAGGAGAAUAGAAAGCCUGAAGUCAUAGAGAUCUCGGAUUAA